CACACACACAAAAGCUCAAAAUGUACUUUUCUCCUCUACUAAUAUUCUUCACUUCUCCUAUAACCCCUUAACGCUGCCAUGUUCUUUAUGCUUAGCUUGCUCUGCUUUUUGAUUGUUGUUUCUCUUUUUCUCCCUUUUUUUCCCCUCCUUCACUGCUAAUCCCUCUCGUCCCCUCUCAUUUUUUCCCCCUCUGCCAAUCUGUCCGUCACUCCAUCUCUGUUUGUGUCUUUUGUCUCCCAUCACUCCCCUCUGUCGUCCUUCUCUCUCUCUGCCCAUCUCCCGCUGCAGGACUGAAAUGGAGCUUUAUGCAAGUCUCCCACGGAGGUACUCCAACAAGCGCAAGUCCAUUGACGACAGCGAGAUGGAGAGCCCGGUGGACGAUGUCUUCUACUCGGGCCGCUCCCCGGCGGCUGGCAGCAGCUCCCAGUCCAGCGGUUGGCCCAAUGACGUGGAUGCAGUGCAACACCAUUUGGCCAGUGUGCAGGAGAGGAAGAUUAAGCAUGAGAGCGAUGGAGUGCAGUUUCCUUACCAUGGACUCUCAUCGCCUGGUUCUCUUAAGAAGCCGGGGAAAUACGAUUUCAGCGCCCUGUCCUCCCAGACGAGGUCCCCCCGCAUGGCGUUCACCCACCACCCACUGCCAAUGCUGGCGGGAGUGAGACCAGGUGAGACCAACCCAGCUCCAGAUCCCCCUGAUCGCUCCCCACUCCCCACCCCUUUCUCUCUCCCCACUCCCACCCUCACCAUCUCCUCCUACCCACCCCAAACCACUCCUUCAGGGCCCCCCCCCCACACACACACCCCCGGCGCAGAGGUGGGAGCAGUGUCUUUGGGAGAUGAGAGGGGCUCGUAGGGUGCAGGUCAAGCUGGUGACGGAGCUGCUAGGGAGUCUGGGUGUGGUGUCUUUUCUGGGUCUGUCUGGUGGAUGGUUGGCGGUUUCUUCUUCUUUUUAGAGUGGAACAACGGGACCAGAGGGGUCUGCUGCUGCCUAUUCUGUCUUUGUGUCUUAAUUGCACAAAUUUCAGCCGAUUGUGAGGCUUUCAUGUUCUUAUUUUGUUCUUAUUGAUGUAAAUGACACUUGAACCACGUGUCGUUUGCUCACUGACUCCUGGAUUAUCUUGUCAUGUUUGUCAUUUCUUGUAACUCUUGUAAAGGUUUGCAGAAAAUGAAGACUUACUAAGGUAAUAUCGUGGGUUCUUUUUGAGGCUGGAUUACCAACCAGGGGAAGUGGAGAAACUACAUGGGACCCCAGAUCUCCAGGUUCACUUUUCUUUGUGGCAGUUGGUUUGUGGGUAAUUUCAUGGAUUGCACUUUUGCUUGGGAGUAUUUAUUGACUGGGCCAUAAAGUGGUUCUUGAGGCCCCAUCUUAUUGAGUCCAUGUGUCAGUAUCUUGUUUUAAGGUGACACUAAUAACAGUUGGUUCUGCUGUAUGUGUUGCACAGAGAGUUGGAGGAGCACGACCCAGCAAGCUGGCUGAUCCGGCCAUGGAUCUUUCCACUUCACUGAUCCCUAUCUUCUUUCCCAUCUUUUGUUUUUACUGCUUCUUUCCAAAUUCUCAUUGACUUUCUUUUCCUCACACAGUGUGAACAAAUUGAUCUCAAUGUGGAUGAACACGUGUUCUUCAUUCACACUGGCACUGGUAGAACCAGUGUGAACCCGCUGAUCCUCCACCAGGCUUAAACAAGCAGCUCGUGAUAACAUCAGAUAUCAAACGGAGCCAGGAGCUCUGACAAUAAAUCACCACUCCUUAUUUUAUCACCAUGGCACAGGGGGACUUCCUCUUCUUUUUUGCAAUGUUCCCGGUUGUGAAUUCACCCAGUGAAGGAGCUCACUGGAGAUAAUUACCCAUGUGCUUUAGUUCUGUAGCUUGGCUCCAUCAAAGGCUUUAAGCCAGCAAGCAGAUGUGAAGCAGUGAGGUUGACCGCCGUGUCAUUAAACCUUCCGUGGUUGUUGACAGACCCUACGAGAUGCAGCUACAGCAAAGGCAGUCUCCGUACACAUGUUCACGCUGACAUGCACACACAUACACAAUAUCCCAUCCUUGUUGUGGCCAGCAGUUGUAAUUUAUACAGUUUUGAUUUGUGUCUUUUUACACAAACUCUUACUGCAAGUAAGUAUAGCAAGCUGGAACUGUUCCCAUGCUAGGGUGAAAGUGCCCACCACAUCAUCAGUGUUGUUGUUUUGUUGUUUUUCUGGGUGGAAGACGAGAUCCCAGAGGAUUAAGGAGUUGGCGAGGUGGAGUUGAGGAGUGUGCUAGGGCUUGCCGCUCACAGUGGUUUUGGUAGGGUUUGUCCCUCCAGGCCACCAGUGAAUCACAGGGCUGAACACGACGGACAACCACUCAUAUUUACAUCGACACGUAAGGGCAAUUUAAAGACCCGAAUACAUGGAGAGCGCCCACGCAGAAUAUACAAACUCCACACAGAAAGGCUGACUGUGAGGUGGCAGUGCUACCCACUGCGCUAAGACAUCACUUAAAUAGUAUACAUCCACAUACUGUAGUGAGUCACCUGAACGCUACGUGUUGAGAUUGAAAUUGUGUGAAAACUAGUUGGAAAGCAAGCAGAGAGGUCUAAAGAGCUAGAAAAUUUGGAGAAAUGGCUGGAAUAGCAAGCUAAAAUUAAGGGAGAAAUAGUUAGUUAAAAGCAACAGAUAAACAGUUGAAAUAGUUAGCUAAAAGUAAUGGAUAAACAGUUGAAGUAGUUAGCUAAAAGUAAUGAAUAAACA